GAUGAGAGACCUAAGCUGGAACGGUUCGACGGGUCGCAGCCUUCACUUUACCGGAAGUGGCGCCGCAAAGCGCAACUGAUGCUUCUGGCUUUGCCGACCACAUUCACCAAGGAUCGUUGGGGAGCUAAGCUGAUGGAGUAUCUAGCAGGUGAAGCAGAAGAAGUUUGCGAGGCGCUGUCAAUUGAAAAGUUGACAAAGGAGGGCGGCCAUGAACUGGUGUUCGAGGUGUUGGAUGCCAAGUACAAGGAGCUGCAGCAGGAUGCUUUGCAUAAGCAUCUCACAGAGUACUUUUUUGGAACAAGUAUUCGGGCCAAUGAGACGUACAGGAAUCUGGUUGUACGCUUGGAGACAGCCUACAGGCGACUUCAAGAGCACCCAGUGGAACUGCCAGAAGAAGUUCGUGGGUGGUUUCUGUUGAGGAAGCUACAGCUGGAGACAAGUGCGGAGGCCAUGGUACUCACACACACUCGUGGUUCCUUAAAGUACAAGGAUGUGACAGCGGCGGUGCAGGCCAUCUUUCCUCAAGGUGUCGCGAAAGCAGGCAAUCACAAGGGUCGUGAUGUCUUCGAGGCUCUUACCGAGGAUGGCGAGGAGCACGACGAGCUGGAGGAUGGCAGCGAGGACGUCUUCCAGGCAGUGGCGGAUACCAUCCAGAACCAGGAAAACUACGACGAGGAGGACGCUAUAGAGGUGUUCGAGACUUACCAGGAUAUCCGCAAGAAGAUGCAGCAGAAGAAAAUGAACCGUGGCUACCGGCCAACAAAUCCUUCUACCAAGUGGACGCUUUCGGGAACAGUUCGAGGCAAGAUAGAGCAGCUGAAGGCAAAGAGCAAAUGUCAUAUCUGCAAUGAAACUGGUCACUGUGAGUGUCCCAAAAAGAAGGGUGGCAGUGUGGCAGCAAGUUCAAGGACGAACCACUCCAGCGAGGCCAUGAUGUCCGACCAGGCAGGAGACAGCAGCUUGGGCGAGAUAGGCCAGGAGCUUUUCACUCAAGAGGAAGACAUCGACAAGUUGGAGAUCUUCUUGGCUGAGCGUGAUGGACAUGUCGAUGUAGUUUUGGCUGAUCCUCGCAGUCAUGAAGACGGCGAGGGCGGAGACAAGGGGGAUCUUGAAAGCAAGAUCUUUGAGUUUUUCAAGAAGGACGAAGAUUGCGCAGCGUCCAGCGAGUCAUACAUGGCUGAUCUUGCUACGCAUGGGGUUCCAGACACAGCAUGUAGGAGAACUCUGAUAGGUAGUGGCGCAGAGACUCCACUGCUUCUGUCCAAGGAGUGUGGGGUUUCACUUAAGCUUCGGGAGACUGAGCGUGGCCACUAUGCAAUACCGCUCUUCGAGGGUAUGGGUGUCAUGGAGUCGUCGACAGACAUGAAGUUGCAGGUCCAUGUCCGCCACGGUAUAGCUCAUUCUCCCUUUUUGCAGACCUUGUUCAACGUGGGCAAGUACCAGAAGGCGGGCCAAGCAGUGAACUUUGCAACGGCGUACUUGCAGGACAAGCCGUAUGUCGCUUGGGUGAGGAAGUUCAUCAAGUCCGGGAGCAGCACCUCGGGGAAGACAAAUCACCCAACAAUGUCCCAGUUUCGGCGAGAUCAGAAGAAAUCGACAAAGAUUGCAGAGGACACCGGGCCGAUUGUGACCACUCUUGGGGCCUCUCCCAAGGCCAAAGCCAAAGCCAAGGCAAAGGCGAUGGCGUCAACGAGUUCCUCAUGGCAGGCUCCACCCAGGUCGCGGCCGAGCGAGAGAGCGGCAGCGGACAACGAGUGGAUCGUGACAAGUGCGGUGCAGGAGCCUUCGUCGACCUCGAGCAGCGAUCGGCGACGCCAACGGCUGCAACAGCAGAUCGAGAUGUUGACUCACGAGCUGGAGCGGCUGAACGAGGAGGAAGAGAACGAGUAG